CGGAUAGUGGCAGGAGCACAAUAAUUUCAACUCUGACGGGCGAGAGCAGAAGUCGGUUGUGCACUGCAUCAUAUUGUUGUCUUUUCGUGAUUAGUUUGAGUCUCUCUGUUCAGGCCCAUAAGGCAUCGUCUACCUUCUCACCGAACGCUUGCCCCUCUCAUAACCCUCGCAGAAGCUGGAUUCUUCACUCUAUCUGUCGUCCUCCCGACCAAACAUUAAUUAUUGCUACGGUACUUACCUAACAACCAGAUAUGUCGACCUGUGACUGCUUCACCGGCACGCCGGGUGACCGUACCCACGAGCCAAAAGGCACCAUCAAGACACUACACGGACUCAAUGUGUAUCAGGCGCCUGCACUUGGCGAUGUGAGAGGAGAAAUUCUCUUCCUCCCGGACGUCUUUGGCCUUUCGACGCACAGCAAAAUUCUCGCCGACGAGUACGCUAGUUUUGGGUACAACACGACGAUUGUCGAUUACUUCCAAGGAGACGCAUUGCCGGAUAUCAUCAUGUCUUACAAACCCGGGACUGAUGACCGUAAUCUUAGCCCAGAGGAGAAAGAAAUCAUCCGAAAUACCGACAGGGAUGCUUGGGGUAGCCGACACCCUCAGGCCAAGAUAUCCAGUCUGCUGCAUCCUUUCUUCGAAGCGUUCCGAGAGGCCGUUGGUCCGUCGGCAAAGAUCCAUGUACUGGGCCACUGUUUCGGAGGGAAAUAUGCUCUCCGUCUCGCGAG